GUAGUGUACACAUUAAAGUGUAUAUGAGUGGGUGAAUAUGAGAUGCGGUCAAAUACGUCCACCUACGCACACGCACAAACUGAAGCAAAAGCAGGAGAAGAAGAAGAAAUCAAGACAUGAAAAAGAACAUUCUUUAAGUUAUAUUAAGGUGUUCACAGGCACCUUUUGCUUUCAGUGACAAUCAGCUUUUGCAAAGCUUAGUUGUUUGUUUUACUUUUUCUUUCUCAUAUUAAUUAGUUUGAGUAAUUAAUAAUCAAUAAGCAUGGAGCAUAUUAAGAAGAAAAUGUUGGCUAUGAAGUUGGACAAAGAGAAUGCUGUGGACGAAGCUGAUCAACUGGAGGCAAAACUACGUGAAAAAGAGUUGGAAAUGCAAACAAAAGAUGAAGAGGCCGCUGAAGUAGUCAAAAAGAUUCAACAAAUUGAUACUGACAAAGAGACUGCACAAACUCAACUGGUUGAAACAAACACAAAAUUAGAAGAAACAGAGAAAAGAGCAAGUGAAGCAGAAACAGAAGUCUCAGCAUUACAAAAACGUAUCCGGCAACUUGAGGAUGAAUUGGAAUCGACAGAAACACGGCUCCAAGAAGCAACCUUAAAGCUCGAAGAGGCUAGCAAAGCUGCUGAUGAAAGUGACCGCGCUCGUCGAGUACUUGAAGCGCGUCAGACAGCAGAAGACGAGCGAAUUUUACACUUGGAGUCUAUGGUACGCGAGACAGCAAAAUCUGUCAGUGAUGCAGAGGCGAAAUAUGAGGAGGCUACACGAAAACUUGCUGUCGCUGAAGUCGCCUUGUCUCACGCCGAAGAUCGAAUUGAAGCUGCAGAAAGUCGAUUAAAAGAGCUUCAAUCAAUUAUACAUGGAACUAUGGGUCAGUUAAAAUCAUUGGAACAUCAAGAAUCACAGAUAUGUAAACAACGCAGUCAACAUCAAUCUCAACUGGCUCACUUAGCAGAACAACUGAAUGAGGCUGAACGACGUGUUAAAGAAGCUAAUCGUCAAGAGGAGAGUAAACAAAUGGAAUUAUGUAAAUUGGAAGAAGCAUUGGAGGCUGAACGAUUGAAUCAUACAAAUCUUCGUCGGGAAAUGGAAACACUAUUCACAGAAGUAGAAAAUAUUUAGCUUUUAAUUCAACGAUGAUAAUGACGAUGACGACAACUAUCACAACCAUCGUCAAUGACGACGACAACAAAAAAAAAGAGAAGAAAACUAAUCAAUCAAUCAAUCAAAUCAUCAAAUAUUGAUGAUUUCGUUUCAUUUUCUUUCUUUCUUUCUUCCUUCCUUCAACAGAAAAAUAUUAAUCUAUUUUGUAUGCUUGCUUGCGCUUGCCUGAGUGUAUUUAUCGCAUGACUACUACUACUACUACUACAAUCCCCCGCCUUGGCCCCACCACCCUAUCAAACCCUCACUCCUUAAUAGAAAGUCGGGUGAGAGUGGGCGCUGGGUUGGUGGCGGUGGUGUUUGUAUGUAUGUGUUAUGAAAGCAAUAGUGCAUGUUGUGUGUGUGUGUGUGUACACGUGUACCCCCCUACUCUUUGACAUGAAGGGGGAUGUUUUACUUUCGUUUGUUUGAGUAAGAAAUUCGCUUUCUUUUUCCUGUCCAUCCGAACGUGGAAUGUCUUUAGGGCCAACCUAAUCACCAUUUCUUUUCGCUUUUGUCUUGUUUCACACGCUACUGCUGCUAAUUUUAAAAAUAUUAUUAUUAUUAUUAUUAUAAUUUGUUUGGAAUGGAUUAGAGUUUGUGUAUAUUUCUCUUUUUCCCACAUUCACAUAGCGCCUAUUAUUUUUUGCUCUUCCUUCAUUCUUGUAUGCUACAAUGCAUAAUUAAUUAGUCAUUCUAGUUCCCUUUUUAGUACAGCGAUGCAUAUUUUUCAUCAUUUCGCCUUUUUUCUAAAAAAAAUUUACUCUUUCCUCUGUUUUCUUUUGGUGCUAAUUUUCAAUUUCAUCUUGAGUUCUCAUUUCUUAGAGUUCAUUUUGUGUGUGUUUUCCUUUCAAACUUCUUUAUCCGUCUCUCUACGUCACAAAGCCCACCCCACCCCCAAUGCAAAUCUGCUUCGCAUGUAUUUUUCUGUAUAUCUCUUUGUGUAUCUGCGUGCUUGUGUGCGUGUGUAUGUGUUCUGGUAAUGCAUACAUACAUCAUCAACAACAACAAGAAAAAUAAUCAAGAGUAGUAUAUAUAUAGACAUGAGUAUGUGUGAACAAUACUCAAAUAACAAUCUUUACACUUUUUUGUUGUGAACUCCUAUUUCGUCUUUGAAAGAAAAAAGAGACGAAAUAAAAAGCUCUGUCUGAAGGGGGGAAUAAAAGAGUAUUUUGUGUGGUGAACUGAACCCGAUGGAUUUCAGUAGUAUAUAUAUAUGUUAGAGUUUGAUUAUCUUCAUCUACUCUAGUUAUUCAUCAUUCAGUAUUAUGCUAUAACUUUAGCUACGGCGCAAACAUUAGUGGUGAUUCAGAUUCACAUGAUCUUGGAUUUGAUUACCGGUCGGUCGAUGCACUCCUCAGCCUCGGUGACUUGCUUUCCUAGCUUAGCACUGAACCUGCGAAAGUCGGGAGUGACGGGCUAGUGAUGACACCCUGUAAAAAGGGAAACAUAAUUCCAACACUACUGAAACUUUCUUCCAGAAUGAGUGGAAUUCCUGAGCUAUCCACUAGGUCGGGUCCCAGUGACCGUGAAUGGUCUACAUGAGCUUGCUUUCUAACCGAUGAUUUGGUUACUGAGAAAGAGAAGUACAAGGCACUCAGUGAAGAAUUGGAUUCUACAUUUGCAGAACUUACCGGAAAUUAGUUGGUCCGCUGGGAUGGUGAACUGUCUAAACUCCCAUUUUAUUUCCUUGAUUAAUACGUAUUAAUAAUUCAAAUAUGAAUGCUUCAUGAUAACUGAUUCCUCUUUAUUAUUAUUAUUAUUACUGUCACUACUAAUAUGACUUCUCUCUUCUAUUCCCUAUGACUAUAACUACUCUAAUUAUUACUUGUUAUUAUUAUGUGAGUGCGCCAUGAUUGAUACAAUUGGAUCAGAAAUUAGUCCUAUUAUCGGUUUGACUAACCGUCUUUAUUGUGGCUGUUGCCAUUGUCUUCGCCUGAUAUAUAUCUUUCGUGCUACUGGAAAUGGUCGGCUUCGUCAACUCAACAUAGAGAUGUGUGUCUGCUAGCUUGUUUGUGCGUGUGUGUUUGUGCGUGUAGGAUGAAAAUCUUUAGUGAUGAAUAAUUUUAUUUCCCAUGUAUGAAAGAGAUGUUUUGUUGGUUGAUUGAUUCUUUUCUCCUCUUAUCGCCCACCCCUCGCUCUCUUCAACCUAGAUUCCUUAUUGAUUAGAACCUUGUUCUCCUUUGGAUGUUUGAGUGCACAUACAUGCACACACACAAACAUACAUUUAUGCAAAUAUAAUAUAUC